CUCACGCAAAAAAGUACGUUGAAAUUUUAAGAUCGGGUUGGCAUUGAUUCUACGGAGUAUGACUCAUCGAUUGAAAGGAUUGCAGGUAACGUUGCUGCAGAACACCAUCGAAAAACAUUCUGAUCUUCGUACCUUUUUCAUUCUUCUUAGAGCAAAAUUAUAACUUGAAAAUUCCCGAUAUUGAGAAAUCACUCGCCCUCGUCAAGAAUCUUCAAUCUAAGCAAAAAGCUGGAGAAACUGUUACCACUCGCUAUAAUUUGGCUGAUAAUGUGUACGGAAAGGCUGAUGUAGACACAUCAGUGGGAAUUGUCAAUCUAUGGCUUGGGGCAAAUGUCAUGUUGGAGUACACAUAUCAGGAGGCUAUCGACUUUCUGUCGAAGAAUCUUGAAACAUGUCGAAGAGAAUCAAAAAUUGUGAAAGAAGAUCUAGCCUUUGUCAGAGAUCAAAUUGUCACUUCCGAAGUAAGCAUGACACGAAUUUUCAACUGGGACGUACGAAAAAAGAGAGCCGAGGCCGCCGUCCAAGCUCCGUCGUCAUAGUGGGAGUGUAAAUGGAAGAAGACUGCCAUUUUGGAAAUGUACUAAACACAAUUCAGUAGGAACGAAGAGACAAAAACUGAUCUGUCGAAACGAAUUUAACGAACUUCCUUCACUUCUUGUUGAUGAAAAAAGUUGAUGCGCAAAGCACACCCAUUGAUUUAAAAUGCCGGUAGUAUGAACAAGAAUUCAUGGACUGAAAAUGCGUCUGAGACCCCAAUAAUAAUAGUUUCAAUUC